AUGUCAAAGGAAGCUAAAGGAGUUCAAUUAGAAAAAACUGCACCAAUGUCACCUACUAAUAAUAUGACUAAAAAUUAUUCUUUAGUGAUGGGGAAGGAGGUAAUGAUUAGUCCAACUUCAGAGCAAUAUGAUCUUUUGCAGAAAAGAUUAAAAGAGAGAUUGGAAGAAAGUCAUGGGGAAACAAUUUAUGAUAUUGGCAUGGCACACGAUGGUGUCGGAGAGGAUGGCUUAUCUGAGCAAGAAUUUGAUGCAGCUUCAGCAACACUAGCAUCCUUAUCUGCAUCAUUAGAUGCUGAUUGUGUUUUACUCAGAAAAAAACAAUGUAAUAAAGGCUUUGCAGCACAGUUUUUAGUUCGAAAAAAGAUAGAUGAACAUGACUUUAUGGAAAUUAGGGUAGCAGUAGUUGGAAAUGUAGAUGCUGGUAAAUCAACACUUUUGGGAGUUCUUACUCAUGGAGAACUUGAUAAUGGAAGAGGGUUUGCUCGUCAAAAGCUUUUUAGGCACAAACAUGAGCAAGAAACCGGAAGAACUAGUUCAGUCGGUAAUGAUAUUCUAGGAUUUGAUAAUAAAGGAAAUGUUGUAAAUAAUCCUGAACAUGGGUCUCUUGAUUGGGUUAAAAUUUGUGAAAGAUCAUCAAAAGUAAUUACUUUUAUAGAUCUAGCAGGACAUGAACGUUAUUUAAAAACAACAGUUUUUGGAAUGACAGGACAUGCACCUGAUUUUGGAAUGCUUAUGAUUGGUGCUAAUGCUGGAGUCGUGGGUAUGACCAAAGAACAUUUAGGACUAGCGUUAGCACUUAGCGUACCGGUUUUUACGGUUGUUACAAAAAUAGACAUGUGUCCACCGAAUAUUUUACAAGAUACAUUAAGAUUAUUGGUUCGUGUUUUGAAAUCUCCAGGUUGUAGGAAAGUUCCAGUUAUGGUUAAAACUGCGGAUGACGUUAUUACCACCGCAACUAAUUUUGUAUCGGAGCGUUUGUGCCCAAUUUUUCAAGUAUCUAACGUUAAUGGAGAAAAUCUCGAUUUGUUGAAAAUGUUCCUUAAUUUAUUGACCACUCGAACUCCUAGUUUAGAAAAUGAGCCUGCGGAAUUUCAAAUAGACGAUACUUAUUCUGUGCCGGGAGUUGGAACCGUAGUAUCAGGUACAACGUUAAAAGGAUUAGUUCGACUCAACGACACAUUAUUAUUGGGUCCCGAUCCUUUGGGACACUUUCAACCAGUUGCAAUAAAAAGUAUACAUAGAAAGAGGAUGGCAGUGUCUGAAGUUCGAGGAGGUCAAACAGCAUCUUUCGCUUUAAAAAAAAUAAAAAGAUCUCAAAUUCGAAAAGGAAUGGUCAUGGUAUCGCCAUUAUUAAAUCCUCAAGCUUGUUGGGAAUUUCAGGGAGAAAUUUUGGUUUUACAUCAUCCUACAACAAUUAGUUCUCGUUAUCAGGCAAUGGUUCAUUGCGGGAGCAUAAGGCAAACAGCAUCUAUUCUAAGCAUGUCUCAAGAAUGUUUGCGAACGGGAGACAAGGCAAUCGUUCAUUUUAGAUUUAUAAAACAUCCAGAAUACAUAAGACCUGGUCAAAGAAUGGUUUUUCGGGAGGGUAGAACAAAAGCCGUCGGUAACGUUUUAGCAGUUUUGUACCAAGCUUCGAGCAAUCAGCCGAUAAGGGGAAAAUCUGGAAAAAUCAAACAGAGUAACUCUAAUCAAAUUUUACAGCAGGUAUCUAUGAGUGGUGGAGAAGAGAGUGAGAAACACGAUUCGAGUAAAAAAAAUCGUAGUCGACGAGGGGGAAAAGGAAGGCAGAUAAAUUCAAAACCUUUAACCGAACAAAAUAUAAAUUUACCUAAAGAAGGAAUAACUUGUAUCAAUGCAAAUUGA